AUGCCAGCCAGCUUCGGCACGAACUGUCUCGGCUCGUCGUUCGGCCUCAUCAUCUCCAACUGGAUAGCCCUCAUCCCACUCGUACUCUACCUCGGCCAGCCCAGGCUGGCGCCUCAACUAGUCGGCCGAACGGCGCUGGCCGGGUGCAUCCCCUCGAGCCUGUUCCCGCAACUCGGCGUCCUUCGCGGCAUGGCCGAGUGGCUACGCGAGGGCGCCAGAUACAUGGACUGGUACGUCACCGAGCCGGGCCGCAUCAUCUGGAACGCCGGCUUCAAGAGAAAGUGCCAGGGCGCCAACGGCGCCGCCAGCGAUAUCCUCACGCAGCGCGCGGUCAGGACAGCGGAGGAGGUUGACAUCCCGCAGAACUUGGAGGAAGCGCGCGCCAAGUACGUCCGUCAAGGCACGGAACGCAGCGACAAGGGCGUCAAAGGCAACGGGCCUCACCGUCCGCGGAUGCUCUACAUUAUCAACUGCACUCUAAACACUGACGAGGACCAGGCCUCCAAGGAGAGCCCUUGGGGCCGCAUUCUCCGCGCCGGCCUCGAAACGGCCAUCCUCCUGGGCCUUGUCGGCAUCUCCGUCAUCGCCGUCCUCUUCGGGAUGUACGGCACCGCCGCGGCGCUCGUCAUCGGCGCGGUUUUUCGCGUGGCGCGGCUCCUCAUCCCGGUCCCGCGCCUGCAGGACUACAUGAACAACAACCAGCCUAACAUGAAGAACGCUCACAUGCUCGCCUCCGACUACGCUAAGGCGAACACGUGGUACCUCUACACCGGACCGCGCGGUAUCGUCGACGGACUCCUCAACAAGUCCAUGAUCAGCGCGGCCUCCCCCCUCGGCCGCAACGACCACGGCGCAGCCGCCGCCACCGCCGCCACCGCCCUGCUGCCCACGCUCGUCGGCCUGCAGGUCGCGACGAUGAUGUACGUCGCGGCGCAAGGCGGCUGGGACGCCUUUGGCCUGCUCGCUGUCGUCCUCCUCGCCUGGCGGCUGGAUCGAUACCUAUACAGCGAGGACCGGCUUGCGGAGCGCUGGCUGCGCGCCGAGGGCGUCCGGAUGAAGGCCCUCGCUUGCCGGUUCAGCGGUCGCGUGCCCAUGAUCGGCGCGGUGCAGGUGCUCAAGAGGCCAGCCACCAGGACAAAGUGGAUGGACAAGAUUCUGGUUCCGAUGGAGCUCCGUGAUAUUUGGUUGGAGAAACUGCGCGAGCACGACUUGGCUUCCCGAACCCCCGCCGCCGCGGACGACGACACUGCUGCCGGAGGCCGGCCGACGCCACUGCCUUUUUGGCUAACGAAGGAAGGGCAAAAGUUGACAGACGAGGAAAGGAAUGGCCGGAUCUGGGUAGAGGACAAUUAUGCCUUGACGUGCGCUGCGGUGGAUGCCAUCAAGGCAAAGAUGGGCCGCGGCAAUGCGUAA